AAGAAAUUGCCAGAGAACGAAGAUAAGAUGGAAUUGCCAUUGCUUCAGAUGACAAAUCGUUGAUGAUUAGUUCUAAGUUGUCUUGUUUUUUUGUUUUUCUUGUUUUCUCUCAGUCACGACAUCCAAGAAUGGUUUGGGAGACUACCACAGUCCCAAGAACUAGCUGACAUGUCACUCAUGGCCAAACUUAUAAUUGGUGUAGCAUUGGCUUCUCAACACCAAAGGAAUUUGCUCCUCCGUGAGGAAGAGAGUGUCACGGAUUUGCUAGCUGACAUAUCCACACAUGAGAGACAUUGCAGUGACAGAGGAGGUUGUGAGGUUGGAAGCUCCUCAAGUCCCCAACACAUUCCAGAGAAUGAUGAGCAAUUAAACUCUGGAGAUGAUAGUGGACGAGGAGAAGUUUCAGAUUUGCUUGGAAACCUCCCGACCACAGAUCUGAUAGACAGAACCAGAGUUGAUAUUGUAGGAGAGGGAAGGGCAGAGGAAGCUACAUAUUUUCCUACAAACCUCAGUGUUGUCACAAACAGAGAUGAUUCUGGUGGAGGAGGACGAGUGGAGGGAGAAGAGAGAUUGGAUAUUGAAAGAGGAGAAUAUCAUCCCCUACCAAAUCCUAGGCAAGUCUCUCGUACAAGGAAGAGAAUUGACAAAGACUUAAGUUACCGCCCUCCCACGAAACGGCAGAAACUUCCGGUACCCAUGUCUAGAUUAGGUUUGGAGUUGCCUUCCAUCUCUCGUUCUACUCUAAACCCAGCCACCACACUAGCCAGACCAGAAGACCAAAACCAGCCUGAGAGACAUUGCAGUGACAGAGGAGGUUUUGAGGUUGGAAUCUCCUCAAGUCCCCCAUAUAUACCAGAGAGUGAUGAACAAUUAAACUCGGAAGAAGUUUUGUUGUUUUCUGAUGAAAACAAUGCUCCUUGUACUGGUAGUGAUGGUCCUGAAUCGGGAGAUGAUAGUGGAAGAGGAGAAGUUUCAGAUUUGCUUGGAAACCUCCCGACCACAGAUCUGAUAGACAGAACCAGAGUUGAUAUUGUAGGAGAGGGAAGGGAAGAGGAAGCUACAGGUGUUCCUGGAAACCUCCCACAUUCGGUAGAAAACUUCCCUGAAACGGUCACAGAUAGAACCAGAGAUGGAAGAGAAGAGGAAGCUACAAAUUUUCCUGUUCUUGAAAACCUCAUACAGCCAGUUCCAGCACAGCCAGUUCCAGCACAGCCAGUUCCAACACAUCUAGUUCCAGCACAGCCAGUUCCAGCACAGCCAGUUCCAGCACAGCCAGUUCCAGCACAUCCAGUUCCAGCACAGCCAGUUCCAGCACAUCCAGUUCCAGCACAGCCAGUUCCAGCACAGCCAGUUCCAGCACAGCCAGUUCCAGCACAUCCAGUUCCAGCACAUCCACUCCAACCUAAUCCUAGGAGAGUCCCUCGAUGGAAGAUUAUUGAUAAUAAAUGGCCUAAAUAUGUCUAUUCCAAAAAUCCCGAUAAUCCCAAAUACCCCAUGAAAUGGUGGAUACCCAAAACAAGGCAGCCACUUCCCAAAUCCCAGUGCCGGCCUAAAAGUUAUAAUGAUUUCGAGUUUAUGUUUCGUGAGUUCUUUCCUUCUGGACUAAACCUAGCCGCUAAAUUUCCACUAGACCAGCCAGAAGACCAAAACCAGCCUGACCAAAACCAGCCUGAGAGACAUUGCAGUGACAGAGGAGGUUUUGAGGUUGGAAGCUCCUCAAGGUCCCCUGGGGACAGAAUGAGAGAUGAUAGCUUAGGAGAUGGAAGGGAAGAGGAAGCUGCAUAUCUUCGUGGAAACCUCAGACAUCCUGCAGAAAAUUAUGGUGGAGGACGAGGAGUGGAGGGAGGAGAGACAAUUGAUAUUGAAAGUUCUUCCCCACAUAAUGAGGUAUCGCCUGGAAACAUAAUGAGAGAUGAUAGCUUAGGAGAUGGAAGAGAAGAAAAUUAUGGUGGAGGACGAGGAGUGGAGGACGAGGAGUGGAGGGAGGAGAGACAUCCUGCAGAAAAUUAUGGUGGAGGACGAGGAGUGGAGGGAGGAGAGACAAUUGAUAUUGAAAGUUCUUCCCCACAUAAUGAGGUAUCGCCUGGAAACAUAAUGAGAGAUGAUAGCUUAGGAGAUGGAAGAGAAGAGGGAGAUACAUAUCUUCUUGGAAACGUCAGACAUCCGGCAGAAAACAUCCCUACUGUUGUCACAAACAGAGAUGAUUCUGGUGGAGGAAGUCCCUCCCCAAAUAAUGAUGAGGAAGCAGAGGAAUCGCAAUGGGCAUCAUUCAAAAAGCUGAGUAUGGAACUCUCCUUAGAUAGGAAAGAAUCAUUUUGGUUAUUCACACAGUAUCUAGUCUUAUCGCAAUUAGAAGAUGGUGCCAAAAAGGAAGGCUAUACAACACUGCUUCAGAUGCGCCAAGAUCCCCCAGAAGAAGGAGAAGACUAUGGUGAUAUUAGAAUAAAGGCAAGACCAAGAGGUCCAAAUGACAGAAUCCAGCAUCCUGACGAAUUGGGUUUGUAAAGCAUGUAAUGGAGGAUGAUGUUACUAAAGUACAGAUAAUUGGAUGCCCUUGGAGAGUUGACACGCUUAGCAAAUGUCUGAGUCAGAUGGUCAUAAAGAAGGCUUAUGAGCUGGCAUACUUCUCUUAUGUCCUUUACAUACAGUUUAUAUGACAUAAUGAUUUACAUACAUAUAUUGUGAUGAGAGGGGAAAAUGUAUUUUUUUUUUUAUUGGUUUUAGCAUGAGAGUUUGUUAGGGGAUAAUGGGUAAGCAUGAAUGUAUAGCAGUAAUUGAACCUAAAAGCAAUAAAAAAAACUUGUCAUA